AGCCGCUCGGCCAUAACGCUUCCCUCGGCCGAAGCACCACGCACGAGGACGCUGUGCUUCGUGCGAACAGCAGGCAGCGGACAUGCAGUGCAGUAUACAGGAAGACGAAGUGAAUCAAGACCAAAUGACGAAACAGAUUGUUCAGAUCAGUGACCGCACUGCGUCAGCAUGCCUUCUACGCUUGCCGUCGUGAGCCAAAGUGGCGAGUCACUCAGCUUCUACGAUAUCGACUCGGGAGAAAAGACCGGGCACUUGCCAAGCCUCAUCGCCGAACCGCACGAGCUAUGUUACGAUGACAGAACUGGCUUGUUGUAUGUGACACAUGCAUAUGCACACGGAUGGUACGUGGCGCACGGCGAAGACGGGAAGACAAUCAGUGUCAUCGAUUGCAAGCAGCGAAAAGUAGUCGACACAAUCGAUAUCAGCCCAUACGGCGGACCCCACUAUGCCGUCCUGGACACAUCACGAGACAUCCUGUAUUCAUCUGUGGAAGCCGGGCUGGAUGGGCGAGGUGGUAUCAUUGGAAUCGACCUGAAGACCAAGAAGAUCAUCCAAGCCAUCCCAUCAGGCGCAAAAACACACUGGUUUGUCAUGACGCCCGAUGACAAGAAGGCAUACACCUGCAACAAAGAAGCUGGCUUCGUCUCAGUCAUGGACCUCCGCAAAGGUCGGGUGACCACGAGAAUCGAUCUUCCGGGAGGCUGCGAACAACCUGGAAUCUCGAAGGAUGGGCAAUAUGCCUACUUUCCAAUCCCUACGCCGAAAGCAUCCAACCACUGGCACUCUUCGGUCACUGAUGCGGAGUCUGCUGUGAUAGUCAUCGACACUUCAACCAACAACAUCACCACCACGAUCCCUAUUCCUUGCAGCGGCCUUACAGUCCACGUGGACUCUCUCGACCGCCUUCUCGUAGGUCAAUUUCGCCUUGAUCGCACACAAACCCCGCCCAAACACCUUUCCGGAAAGUUGAGUAUCUUCUCCGGCCCAGACAAGGACUUCAUCCACCUGGCCACACUAGAUACCGAUCUUGCACCUCUGACUGUAACGUCGACUCCCGAUGGCAAACAUGCCUUUGCGGCGAACAUCUUCUCUGGAACAGUCACCGUGGUUGAUAUGGGAAAACUGGAAGUGGAGAGAACAAUCGAAGUGGAUGUGGUGCACAGAACAGACAAGAGCAUGCAUCAGGGAGCGCAUGGGAUGGCUGUGAUUGCUUGAACAUAUCCCCGAACCAUCGGCAAGCGAAGCUCGAACGACGGUUUAAGCCUGCUCGAUAGGACGCCCAAUUCUGGCCCGUUCGAGAACACUGUUUGUUUCCCAAGACCAGCACCUCACAAGGGCUUUGGGCGCAUAGCAGUGUAAGACCUAAUGGUGUCACACGCCAACAGGGUGCGGUAGAGCAUCGAUCAAGCCUGAGUCGGUGACUGAAGUUACGUGCGAAUGGAUGAGAGGCCACCAAACUUAGUCAUCAAAACAAUAGUCGUAGUGUGGGCUAGAGGCCUGGGACUGGUCCUUCAACUCGAGAUU